AUGCGAGCAAUCUGUUUUGGCAAAGUGACUCACCGCCCCGAUGUAGAAAGGAUGCUAAGGCGAGCGACUAUCCAGUCUGGCGAACCCCAAGGCCGGCGGGUAGUGUGGUUAGGAAUCGAACAGGGAACAGAUAUAAUAGCCCAAGAACAGAUAUCGGUCCUACUGGGUCUUUAUGCGGAACAGUCCAUUAAAGGGUUUGAUUUCCAUGAAUUGAUCGCUAAGUCUCCGGUGUACCAUCCACCAACUACAGGCAAAUUAGGGAUUAGACCUUUUUGA